AUGCCGACUAUGGAUCACAAAAUAACUGGUCUCGCAAAAGCAUGGGCCGACUGGGGCCUCACGAUUAAAGACAGGGCCGAACACCUUGAAGACCAGGCCAACAUUCAGGCAAUCCUGAAUCUCGAUCUUGGCGCCCAAGCAACCAUGACCAAUAACUUUCCCUCCUUCCUCGACACGUCUCCCGGCACCGGCAGCUCUGGCAGCGCACCACGUCUCGCGCCCUCGCCGGUCGCUCAGCAGCAACAGCAGCAGAUCAACAACAACGGUAAUGGGGCCGGUAUGAACGGAAUGCCUAUGGCGGCUGGACAGCAGGCAGAUGUGAACUUCCUGUUUCAGAAGUUGGUGGAGCUCAGUGAGGUGUUGAAGGAGAAUCGCGAGAAGACAGCAGGGGUUAUCGCUGGUGCUGAAGAGCUUGCUACUCGCGCUGCAGCCAAAGGAGCAAGCCCCUCCCUUCAAGAAGCCAAUGCAGAGGUCUCCUCCGUCCGCAUCGCCGAUCUCGAACGCCAGCUUGCCCGCGAGCAGAACAAAACCCGCAUUCUCAUGGACGAGCAAAAGGAAAACAUCAAGCUCAUUGGCGAGUACGAACACCAUCUUGGCGAAAUAGUCAAAGAUGUCCGCGACUUUAGUUUCAACACGAAAACCCGCGAAACCUCUAUUGCACGCCACUAUAACAAGCUCUUACAAGAUGAAAAAGAUGCACACUUGGCCGCUCGCCUCGAGAAAGACGACUGGCACGCCAAAUUCAUGCGUACCGUCGAAAUGCUACGGGAAGCCUAUCGUCUACGGUGCGAGGAGGAAGAGGUACCCAUACGUGUUAUUGCUGGACUGCAAAACGAGGUGCGGGCUUACCGUUCAUGCCUGGGGAUGGAGGCUGAGAAGCCGGAAGAAGAGUUUGGGUGGGAGAUUCUGAAGGACGUGCUGAAUGGAAGUGGAGAAUCGUGA